AUGGCUGAGAUUUAUAACACGGACCGCUUCGCGGAGCUUUAUUAUCCCUCCAACACCGCCGACCUCCUGCAUUUGGGCCUCGCCGCGAGGUUCGUCGCGGCGCUUUUCGAGUCAAGUCGGGUUACUUACGCGUUUAUUGGGGGGUGGGCGGUCUAUUUGCGGGGUGGUCGUCGCCGCACCCAGGAUAUCGAUAUUACAGUUGCCACUUCGAUGGAUCAUUUAAGACAGAUUUUGACUGCAGAACCGCGUAUUCAUUUCCCGGCAAUCCAUGGCCGAACUUCGGUCCAAAUAUUUAUUGACACCGGCCGCAGUGUGGAUGAAGAAUUUCCUCAUGUUCCGGAUCUGGCGGUCAGUAUGGAUAUAGUUAUUAGUGGGAACUUGGGUACACCGGAGGAUCUUCAAUCCUCGCGCGAGCAUAUCAAUCCUCAUAGACCGACGCCAUUGGGCUCCCCCGUUUUGGUACUUGGAUUGGUCUUCCAGAUCUACGCAAAGCUAGAUGCAUUCGCUAGGCGCGGCGAACAAGAUAGCAAGGACUUUGUUGAUCUGGAGUUCCUUUUCACCCAAUAUGCGAUUCAAAUACCAGCAUUCAGGGACUGCUUUAGUAUUGAACAGCGACAGUAUUUUUGGAUGCAAUAUGCUGCCAAAUAUACGUCAUUUCCGGAACAAGUGGAGAACAUGAGGAUCCUCCUUGGGCUUUGA